CUUUAAACCGAUACGGAACGUCGAAAGUCGCGCUGCUUCGUUGCUUAUUCUUCGGUAGUAGUAGUAGUAGUGGUGGUGUGGUGUGGUACUGUUGGUGGUAGAUUUUGGUGACAAUCCAAGAGGGCCUACUGUGACAGAGGAGGGCUGGUCCCCUCAGUCAGUCAGUCAGUCACUCACUCAUUCAGUGCAAUUUGGCCAGCCCGUUUCCUCUAUUAGUGCGUUAUUAGUUUUCAUCGCUUGACCAGCAGGAGUGGUGAUAAUAAUUGGUGUGAUUCAGGACCACGAAACCUGGCAAGCAGCUGGUGGAUAGAAAGUGGCACUUUGUAUAAAGUGCUCUCAGUAACAAGGAGUUCAACAAGGUUGUGAACGGUAUCAGGCAAAUAAGCAACUUUCCGUUGGUACAUCUGCUAAGAAUGGUGAAAAUUUGUUUGGAUCUCGAAUCGGAAAAAGAAAAUUUUCUCUAUUCCCGAAUCAUUCCGGAUUAUUGUUAGAUACUCUGGCGUCGGUAGUUUUAAAGAUGUACACACACAAACGAAUGGAGAACUAAUUUCGAUCGGGACGUUAUCGACCGUGCUAUCGCUAUUAUCUGAAACGGCCGCGGAGCGGUUGUUCAGUUCCAGAAAAACCAAACCUGAAAGCGAUUGAAGGGGGGUUUGGAAAAUAAUAAGUGCCAAUUGGCGUAACAUUUUCCCAAGUGUGUGAUGCCACAACGAAUUGAAUGCGAGCAGCACGGAAAGUCGCUGGUUGGAAAAAUCUACAGUUCAAUGUAGAUUUCAAAGCAUCUAGAUUAAUUCAAAAUUAUUAAUUAUAGUCGUUAUUCGCUGGUUGGGCCGAACCCUCUGUCCAACCAAUGAAUUUAGCUCGCUAGUUGGGCCUUUUGACAUAUGCCAAAAACUCUUCAAAAAAAAAUGUAAAUUUAACUAGCGGAGGUCUAUCCAAAAAGCGGUCUAGUUAAAAAGUGACCCACCAGCGAAUAGCGAGUUUUCCAAAAAGUACAAAUAAAUGUUAUAAGGAUAACCCCAAAAUUCCAACCGGAGACUUUCCGUGGACACAUCCGCCUACAGAAAGAUGAUACUCCACCGAUAGCAGCUAUAAUACCGGGAUGGUGUUUAUCGGAUUGUGAUUGGGGUGGGGGAAGGUCGGAAGCUUGUAGUUCCGGUUGGCAGGGUGUUGUGUCAUAUUUGUCGACAGUGCGUCAACGCUCUUUACUCGGUUGCACGGCUAGCGACGCGUCGGAACGGACGGAAGUGACGGGGGUUGUUUCCCGAUAAAAUCCAUAUGCUGUUCAAACGUGGUCUCGGCGUGACAGUGAUUCGUAGUCGUGUAUAUGCAAAUGUGAUGAACCGUUUGUGUUCCGACUCUGGCACAGUAAACGACCGUGAGUGAAUCGGAAACAGAAACAAAGCUGAUCAAACAUUUACACUAGUAGGAUAAAGAAAACAAAUCAUACAAACAUCAGGCAGCCGAACGUUUGCUUUAGGCAGUGAAAAGGACAAAAAAGAACAAAAACAACAUGGAACCAGCUGAUUAAACGGCAGAUAACAGGAAAUACCGACACAGAUCACAUCACCUACACUGAAAAUCCACGUCGCCGCCUGCUUGGUAAGGGCCCACGGAAACAUAAAACGCUAACCAAUUCGGCAAACAUGUCACUCACGGUGCGAAUCAACAAAUUCCAGCUGUCGAAGCCGAAAAGCAACCUACUCGGUCGGGUCGAGUUUCGAGGUGUUGCGCAUACCACCACAGAGCUGAACUGUAGUACAGAGUUUGUUGAUGUAAAUCAGAGUUUCAUCUGGCCCCUGGCCCGCCCAGCCGACGUAGAUGAGGCGGUGGUUGUGGAGCUGCGACAGCAGACGACCAAAAUCCUGCUCAAAACCGGCAUCGGUGGUUCGGCGACGAGUCGCGGGGGCAGCCGGGGUACAAUCACCAGCAGCACGAAAAUCAUCGGCCGGUUCGUGCUGCUAAUGCAAGGUCAGUUGCUACUUAUGCUGUCACCUAAAUUUAAGCAAACUAUUGUAGUUUAUAGGCUAAUUUCAGCCCUUGAUUUUAAACAAUUAUUUUUUGGGUUUUGACGUGAGUGCCAAUAC